CAACAGACAGGAGUUCAGGGAGGGGGAAGAGCUCCAGAGUGUUAGAAGAAGCAGCCGCCUGAAGCCUGAAGCAGGCCGACACAACCCUGCUGCUGCUGCAAAAAGACGCCGAAGCGUCCGCAGCCGAGCACCGGCGGAGGGGAGAGGAGCACCGGCCGGGCCGGCAGAGCCGCCACCCCGCAGCAGCAGCUGUUCUCCAGCUGGUGCUGAAGCUGCGCUCGGCGGAGCAGACAGGGCGGAUCUGUCUCGGGGGAAACCCACCAAUCCAUCACUUUCGUCGCUCCACUUUACGCAUACCCUGCUUUAAAGGACUCUCCAGCCGGCGUUUGCUUUCGGCAGAGCUUGGUUUCUGAGGGAGACAGAGGAGGGAGAAGGAGAAGGAGGAGAAGGAGGAGGAGGGUGGGACCGCGUCCUUGGGCUGCGGAGCGGGCCUCGGCCUGGGCUCGUGGAGAGGAGGAUGCUGACAGGCUGAGCUCAUCCACUUCCAUCUGCACACGAGAGCGAAGACGAGCGGAGAGAAGAUGCAAACCAAAUCUGAGGACAUGGCCAUGGAGGUGGCCGAGCCCGCUGGAGAGGCCACUGAGGCGGGGUCGGUGACACAGCAGGACCAGGCCCUGGAAGAUGAGAUGGAGAGGCUGCUAGAGGAAAACGAGGACCUCAAGUGUGAAAUUGAAGAGAUGAGGACCGAGAUGGAGGAGAUGCGUGACACUUUCUACGAAGAAGACACUUGUCAGCUGCAGGAGAUGAGGCGUGAGUUGGAGAGAGCCAAUAAAAACUGCCGGAUCCUGCAGUACAGACUGCGCAAGGCUGAGAGGAAGAGGCUGCGCUACGCCCAGACGGGAGAGAUCGAUGAAGAGCUGCUCAGGAGUCUGGAGCAGGACCUGAAGGUGGCGAAGGAUGUGUCAGUCAGGCUACACCACGAGCUGGAAAAAGUGGAGGAGAAACGUACCAAGACAGAAGAGGAGAAUGAAAAACUUAGACAAAGACUCAUAGAGGUGGAAGUGACUAAACAAGCUCUGCAGAAUGAACUAGAUAAAACCAAAGAGUCUCAAAAGAGGAGGGGAAGCAAGGACAUCCUGAAGACUGACAAGAAACCAGCACAGACUCCUACUGAGGAGGACAACGAUGACCUGAGAUGCCAGCUAGCUUUUAUUAAAGAGGAAGCCGUGCUCAUGAGGAAGAAGACGGCCAAGAUUGACAAGGAGAAGGAUCGUCUGGAACAAGAGCUGCAGAAGUAUCGCUCCUUCUAUGGAGAAUUGGACAGGACUCAUCCCAAAGGUGAGGCAGGGGGGCCGCCCACCACCCGCGAGUCAGAGCUGAAGCUGCGGCUUCGUCUGGUGGAAGAGGAGGCCAACAUCCUGGGGAGGAAGAUUGUCGAGUUGGAGGUGGAGAAUCGCGGCCUGAGGGCCGAGCUUGACGACCUCCGCGGCGAGGGACAGGGUGGUGGGAGCUCCGGCUGUGGAGCCAUGGGUGGCCAGAGCGGUGGAAGAGGCUUGGGGGAGGAUCUGACGGAGCUACGACAGCAGCUGCAGUUGGUGGAGGAUGAGGCCGAGCUUCUGAGGAGAAAUCUGGCUGAUGCUGAGGACCAGAACAAGAGGGUGACUACUGAGUUGAACAAAAUGCGCUUCAAGGCGGGAACCCACGAGGGCGGUGGCAGGCACGGAGGAGGAGGUGCGGGAGGUGCAGGACUCGAUGGAGUGAAAGUAGAAGCUCUGCAGGAGGAGCUGAAGGCUGCAAGGCUGCAGAUUAAUGAUCUAAGUGGCAAGGUGAUGCAGCUGCAGUACGAGAACCGCGUGCUCCUUUCCAACAUGCAGCGCUACGAUUUGGCCUCCCAUCUCUCCCUGCGAGCCAGCCCUCGGGACAGCGACGCGGACAGCGAUGCUGGAGGUGGCGCGAGUGGCCGCCGUGAGAGCGACGAGGACUCCACCUCCUCCCGCAUGCUCCCGCCUCACCGCAAACGUGAGGGUCCCGUAGGCGGGGAGAGUGACUCAGACGAGGUCAGAAACAAUAACGGCAGCGGCCAAUGCAUGACGCCCACGCGGGGCCUGUACACCCCCAGCGGGCCGGAGGGCGCCGCCUCCGCCGCCUUGGCCCGCCUCCUGCCCGGCGGCCGCUGCAGCCUCCGCGAGAGGCAGCAGAUGAUCGACAUCCGCGUGGAAGCCGAGAGGCUCGUCCGCACGAUCGACAGGCUCAUCACCGACACGGCCACCAUCAUCUCCGAGGCGAGGGUCUACGUUUCCAACGGUGACUUAAUGCUCGGGAGGGUGGGCGAGGAAGGUGGAGAGGAGGAAGGGGGCCGAAUUAGGGAACAUGAACUACUUUAUCGCAUCAACGCUCAGAUGAAGGCCUUCCGAAAGGAACUGCAAGCUUUCAUUGACAGGCUGGAGGUGCCACGGCUGGAUGACAGGGACACGGAGGAGCCGUUAUCGAUGUUCCAGCCCAUCAUUUUGCUCAUCCUCAUACUCGUGUUAUUCUCAUCCCUCUCUUAUGCCACCAUCUUUAAACUAGUUUUCCUUUUCACUCUCUUUUUUGUUAUGUGAUUAAGCCUCCCUUAGUUCACGUCAUCCCUCGUUUUGUCUUUGCUCUGUUGAUUUUUUAUUUUUUCUUCCAUCCUUGCAUUAUUUGUUGCCAAGGUAAUCCCAUGCACAGAAAAAGCUCAGCACUUCUCAAGGCCGCACUCAAAUUGGCAUCAACACUGGAGUCCACAUUAUCGCCAAACAUCAUCAUCUGCAGCCCCUGCCUGAGAAGUGUUUCCAGGCGAUCAAUCCAUCUGUCAAUCCCUGCUGGCAGCCCAACAGUAACCCCUGACUGGAAAGUGAAACGGGAUAAAGGGGAAACUUCCAUUUCAAAAAGGCCUCCGGGUAUUGA